AUGAGUACAUUAGCCGAACAAUGUUCGGAUGUAAAAAAAGUUCCUCAUGUGCCAGUCAUGGCAGAAGAAGUAUUACACUAUUUGAAACCUAAAAAAGGAGAAUUGAUUAUAGAUAUGACCUUUGGAGCAGGCGGUCAUAGUCGUAAAUUGUUAGAAUGUUCACCUGACAUUAAACUAAUUGCUUUAGAUAGGGAUCCUGUAGCUUAUGGAUAUGCUGACAGUUUAGCUGAAGAAUUUCCUGGUCAAGUAAUACCAUUGUUGGGAAGAUUUUCGGAGUUACCAAAGCUAUUACAGGCUAAGGAUAUUUUACCAAGUACUGUUGAUUGUAUACUCUUUGAUUUCGGUUGUUCUUCAAUGCAGUUUGAUGAUGGUAAUAGAGGUUUUGCACUUUCACAAAAUGGACCAUUGGAUAUGAGGAUGGAUGGAUGUAGAUUUCCAGAUUCGCCAACAGCUGCAGAUGUUCUUGCGAGGGCAACGGAAGAAGAUUUGUACAAGAUAAUUAAAACCUACGGAGAAGAAAAACAAGCCCGAAAAAUAGCUAGAGCUAUCGUUGAAUCUAGAUAUAUGUUUAAAACUUUAGCGACAACAGAAGAUUUAUCUGAUUUAGUUAAGUCGAUUUGCAUAGAAGAUUAUCGUCUAGAUAAACUUCAAAGACCAAGUCACGUGGCAACCAAAACCUUUCAAGCGAUAAGAAUUUUUGUAAAUAACGAGCUAAAUGAAAUGAAUUACGCAUUGUUAUUGGCUCACAGCUAUCUGAAGGUAGGAGGUCGAAUUGUCACCAUAACAUUUCAUUCUUUAGAGGAUACAAUUGCUAAGAGACAUCUGUCUGGGAACAUGUUAGGAAACACAGUAAAUCCUUUGCCACUUAAGUACAGUAGUCAUUCUGCAAAUCUAACAGAAGGUCUAGUCAAGCAAAUUAUGGAACCACAAUGGAAGAUGCUCCAUCAGCAUGUUAUAACUCCAAAAUAUGAAGAGGUUGAUAAUAAUCCUAGAAGUAGGUCUGCAAAACUAAGGGCAGCAGUUAAAAUAAGAUAGAAAAUUAUUUUAAAAUAAAUAGUUUGUUUUUCA